AUGCCUCCAAAGAAGAAGAGAAAGGGGAUUCCACCAGAGAAGCCCGGCAUUGCACGACAGUACCUGAUGGAUGAAUUCAGUGAUGUAGGCCUGCCUGAUGUUGGUAUCGCAAAGAACGGACAUGUUUUGCUGCAGUUUCUCAACAAUGAACGUUCAGUGUUAAAAACUAUUACGAGCAUGAAGGCUAUGUUUGCUCCAACUAACCCAAUGCUAGUGCCAGAUCCAGAACCCUUGCCAGAUCCAGAACCCAUGCUAGAUGCAGGACCCAUGCAAGAUCCAGAACUCGUGGUAGAUCCAGAUGAACUGAUGCCAUAUCCAGAGCCGAUGCCAUCCACAUCAUCUACGACACAGUCUCCAACCCUCACAUUGAGAAGUGAUGAUUUAUUAACACCGCGGAAAGCCAAAAUGAAAAAACGUUUGGUCUUUGUUUCGAAAACAAAGAGUGAAAUGAAGAAGAAGUACUUGGACAGUCUAAAGGAGCUAAAGACUAAAAUUAAAUCCCCAAAGAGAGUGGUAAAUCAAGCUUUGAAAAGGAAAGACCGUAUAAUUCAAAAGAAAAUGUCGACCAUACGGCUCUUGAGGACCCAACUUCAAGGCAAAGGUUUUGCAAAGGAACUCGCUGAAGCCAAACAAGAACUGGCACAACUUAAAAAGAAGCAUUUUGAAAUUCUUAAAUACAAUGCCAAGAAGGCUGAGCAUGCUGUUUCAAUUCAGGUCCAUAAAAAAGUGAAAAUGAAAUUAGCAGAGAAAGAUCAAACAAUUAGAGGUCUUGAGCACGAAAAGCUACUUCUUGAGGAAACGGUUGAGACCCUAUCAAAGGAUGAAGGGAGUACUUCAAAAAGCAAAAUGGAUGGAAAGACUUAUACUUUAGAAACUCGCCUUUGUGUCUUUGACUGUAUUGUAAAUCAAGUGCCAACCGCCAACAUUCCAACAGUUAUCCGUCAAAUCAAAGCUCGAUCCGGGAUUGAAACCGAUGAUGUGCCUCACAGAACAACAGUUGAACUGAUGGCCAGGGAGCUUGGGGCAAUUGCCGAGCUUCAAGCUGCUGAGACAAUCAUGGACAAUAAAGACGUGACCCUAGGAUUUGAUGCCACAACACAAGAAGGUGUACAUGUCAACAGUAUACAUUUUACUACAAAGACUGAAUGUGUGUCUGCAGCCGUGGACGAGUUAACCGGGGGGACUGCUGAAGACUAUUCGCAGCACAUAUGUCAAACAGUGGACAAUCUUAGUGAAAGUUAUUCAUUUUUUCACGAGAAGGCCUUUGAAGAGUGCAGAACUCAAAUUAUAGAAAAUAUUACCAAUACAAUGACAGAUAGAUGUGGCAAUCAUGCAGCUAUCCGUUUAGUAAAUACUGCAUGGGGUAAAACCCUAAACGAACUCAACUGCCAUCUCCAUCCCUUGGACACCAUUGCUUCAUCUACACGGUCUGCUUUAAAGAAAUUGGAGGAAUCCAAGGGGAAAAUCUAUGGCAAGGACUGCAUUGCUGGAAAUGUAGUAGUGCAAAUGAACAAGCUACGGUACAAGGAUAGCAAAGGCGAUCCUAGGGGUUUCACCAUUUUCCUAGAUGAGAAGAAACUUCCUCGUGGUAUUUUACCCCGAUACAGGGGCAACCGACUCCAUAUAUUGUUUCAUAUCUGUGGAAUCUUCAUAGAACAUUAUGAAUCAUUCAUUGAACUUUUGAAAUGUGGGACCUCUUGUGGUGGACUAAGAAGUGGUAUUCUUGAAGACUUCACUAGUGAGACAGCGAAGGCAGAAUUCCACGUGUUGGUUCUUUUGGGGAAACAUCUUACAGGUCCCUGGAUGAAAAAAUUAACCUCCGCCCAGAAUCAGAUCAACCAUGUUGAUGGGAUUGCAGUUAUUAAGCAAGUUAUCCAGGUGUUGAAGGAGAAGGUUCAGAACCCCCUUGAUCUUCUCACUGCCACUGUAGAUCUCUUUGGGGAUGAACUUUCUGAUGAUUCCCCUGCGUGUGCUGUAACCUCACAGUGUUUGAGACGGCUUCCAGUAGACCAUGCCCACUUCUCUCCAAUGAUGACAGAUUGCUUAGAGGCAGUUAUUACUAUACUGGAACGCCAAUACAGUAAGUACUUCUGUUUGGACAUAACUGAUAAGUUAAGAGAAGAGACAAUGCCAGCGAGAUCACAUAACAUCGAUGCAGAGGAAGUGAUGGGCAUGUUUAGUGCGGCCCAAAAAAGGGCCCCUAAUGCAACUUUGUGUUUCCUUUCAUGUCGAAUGAGGGCUAGUAAGAACAAGACUGUUGCUUACUUGGAUGGACUCGACGAGGAAAAGCGGAAAGAUAUUUUGAAGAAGGGUGUGCCAUUUGGUAGAAAGCAAAGAGAUAGAAGACGACAAAAGCAAAAAGAUCUCAGAAUUGAAUUGAACAAGAGGCAACAUGCAAAGCUACAGACAAGAGACACGGCAGAAAGGAGAAAGUUAGAAAGGAAGCUAAAAACUGCAGAUUUGGACGCUGUUCAGAAGGAGUUCCCCAGUUUAGAUUAUUCUAAACAGGAUAAAGUCAUGGAUAUCUUGGAAGGGAGAGCAGUUGGUAGGAACUUAUGCCAUGUGUGGUCAGAAGAUGGGAAAAAUGUGGUGUACAAUGGUAAAAUAGAAAAGAUUGGCAAGAAAGGCAAGAAGGUUACCAAAGCAGUCCCUGAAGAGAAGAUCUACAAAGUGGCAUACUGGUCUAAAACUGAGGAUUAUGAAAAUGCUACCGAUUACAAUAUGACAUUCCAUGAACUUGCUGCGGAUCUCUUACAUGGAGACCUCGUCCUCUCCGACUAGCACUUAUGUACAUUUUAAGACAAUAUUUACGUGACGGCAAGGUCAGUAAUUAAUUAAUUAAUUAGUCAGCCUCAAUAAUACGAAGAGCUUGAUAUAAAAUUGUA